GUUUUCCUUCUUAUACGAGGCAUAAAAGCGUACUCUUCAAACUUCUAGUUGCAGAUGAAUGCCGUCAUCUAGUAUCGGAGUGUAACAAUAAGCCUGAAACUUAAUAGAAAGUUGUAUGAAACAAAUGCAAGUAAGAGUAACCAGGGAGAUCUUGUGGUACUAGGAAGUAUUUUGUGGUAGCAUCGUGGACCGGAUCACCGGUGCAAGGUGGUCGCAGAGGGUCCUUGCCGCCAAGUACAAGUAGUUGCAUCUGGUGUGGCGAGCCGCGGGAGCGGGAGGUCGCCACAAACAGAGUCCUCGGCGCAGGCUUCUAGAACUUGAAAUCGAUCAUACAAGAUCUAGUUCAAGUAGAAGAACAGCAUCUUCUUCUUCUUCAGCAUCUUCAAGAUGGACCCCACUCACUUCCAAGUAGGCAAGUGGGUGAAACGGGCGGCGUCAGAGCCACCAAAACCACGACCUCCAGUACCCAAUAGACUAAAAGAUCCUGCUGGAGAAGGGUAUGGGUCACUCUACCAGGCAGACUUCGUGCCACACACUGGCCAGGGAAUAUGGAAUAGACCAAAAAGAUGGGAGGGGAUACGGAACAUGUACCUACAGACUCAAACUCUUUUUCGAUUGUUUUCGUGGUUCAGGGUGAUUAAUGUGCUAUGCCACAUCGACAAUGUUGUAAAUGACACAAAUGAAGAAUCCACAAUUCUACGGUAGAAUUGUGGAUUCUUCAUUUGUGUCAUUUACAACAUUGUCGAUGGAAAGAAAAAGACUCGUAGAAGGAUUCCUAGUUUUGUUUCCAGUUGCUCUGAAAACCAAAAUGAAAAAUCACCAGGUUUUCAGAGAAACCUAGGCUGCCGCACCAGAAGUUCGCACGUAGGUCAAAAACGGUAGAGAAAUAUCAAUCACCGUCAUCCGAGUGGACUACGGAUUAUAGGCAGAAUAUAGGAGCUUUCACCUAUGCGGAAGGUACUACAACUCAUUGGGUAUUCUUACUUUGUGGUCUAAAGUUGGGCUGGUAGGUAUUUCAACAACUAAAAAAGACUUUGACUUUCUCAAUGCAGUGAGUAUGUUGAGUUCCUUUAACCUGUUACAGGCGAAAAAGAAGGCAAGUGUCCGUCUUUCACAUAUUCCGCAGGUGUAGCGCAAAAGCGAAAACAGUAUCAGCUUGGGCAAGGACGGGGUAGUCAGGCACUGGCAACCGGUGGCGGUGCAUCAGGAUGGACUUCAGAUUAUCGAUCUGGUGCAGGAUGCCAGAAAACAAGGCAGAUGAUGGUAUUUAUUCUCGUGUGAUUUUGUAGGUCUUUCUCGUGUGAUUUAGUACGUUAGACUGCGACACUCUUACUUUGGAACGGUUUCGACUUAGUUCCCUGGGGUCUGGUCUCAAGGUUGAUUUGGGAGGUCAAACCGGAGACAAAUGGCAUGACAUGACCACUGCAGUAGUUCUUUCCUCCACGGUUUUUGGGUUCUGGACAAUUUGAAAGGAAUGAAAAACCUAUUGACGGAGAAGAUGCACAGGCAAGAGAGGGAGCCAGUAGCCUAGUAUGUUUUUUCUCACACAAUAAUCUACUACAGGCUGAAAGUAAGCGGGAACCGCCAGAGCAUCUGAAGAGUCGCCUCCCUCCGCCAUGGGAAAGGAUACACCCUCAUUGGGCAGACACGAAGCAGAAUCCUUUCGCUAGGGGAUACAAAGGAUGUACUUUUACUUUUUUGAAACGACAAGUUUUAGGUCGAUUGACUCUCUUGUCGCUGCAAUGAUGUGUUUUAAGCUCCUAAAGAAAACAAAUGAUAGCUAUAUAAAUAUAAUCUUCGAUUGAUUCAGAAAAGACCUGGUGAACCACUGACAGGGCUAGCAUCGGACUAUCAGGAAGGACCUGGGUUGAGGGACGAAGCGAAGAUCUAUCGAGCAACGCGGACAAGUAAGGAUGAGUACCGAUACAUCCGCGGCUGCUUCCACUACCCUAUUCGACCAGCAGUGGGUUACUAAGGUGUGCUCGGGACGAUAAGUCAAUCACGCAGCGCCGGGGAGCAGGAGGCGGAAGGAUAGAAGUGUGAUCGAAUUAUGUAUCAGAAUAUGUAGCUGUACUCUUCUAGUUCUAGAUCUACUUCACUAUCAGAACAAGCUCAACAAACAUGAAAAAACAAUGCGUGACCAUUCAGUGAUUGGGUAUCAACAUUACAACUUUGAGAAUCGAAAUCAUUCAUAGUCUACGAAGUGGAAGUCAUAGUCUACGAAGAAGUGAACUACAUUAAUCUAUAACACAUCAUAGGCAUAGAGGGCUGGAGAUAGAGAACUAGAUCUCUGUCUGCUCUUGUUUUGUUACUUAUUUUUCAACCGACAUAGCAAUACUAGCUGGCACAAGAAGGCUUUUCGUUAUACGCACAUUCAUGAACAACAAAGAGUUGUACAGAUAUUUCGAUAUUAGAAGCAAGCAGAAGUGUAUUUUAAGUUUGAUGGUGUCCUCUGACUUAUAAUAUGAUUCAAAUCUGAGUCUGACUGUAUCUCCCUGCGCCGACUGUAUACAACAUAUUAGUCUUUGAACAAGUUGAGCUUUUACACAUGUUGCUUCUGCUCAAUAUUAACUGGAGGAGUUGAAGCAGCCGUUAAACCAGAAUCUAACCUCGGGAAAGCGAGAAACCUGUUCAGCCCUUUCCUGAAAGUACACCUCCUGUUGCCAAACGGACUCUCUCCUCGAUCGUAGAUCUACUGGGGACAAGGUCUUCUACUACGAUUGAAGAUUGUAAGUAUCUCCUGUUAGUAUGAUCUUACUUGGUUCUAGAAAAAUGUUUCUCGGAAGGGUGGAAAUGUGAUCAUUGUCGGGUUGGGUUCGAUCGCUAGAACUAGUAGAG